UAGAAGUGUUUUGAGACUACUGCCUGCUGUUCUGUCUGGCAGCUUGAAAUGCAGAAGUGAAAGCGCAGAGCAAGGAGGAGUUAGAGGGCGGAAAACAACACUGAAGGACAAGGAAACAAGGAGGAAAAUGAGUGAAUGAGAGGGAAAGAGAAAGGACACAGUUUACAGAGCGGAAAUCAGACGAGAUGGAGUGAAUUUUCAGUGAGAAGAAGAGACAAACAGAACUCAUUAAAAUUUCACGAUACGAAUGAAAUAAGGUAACGGGGUCAAAGGAAAGGAAAGAAGAUAGAAGAGAGAAAAUACCGGAAGAAGCAGUGUGUAUUUUAAAAGAAAGGUAAAAAGAGAGAGAGAAAGAGAGAGAGAGAGAGAGAGAGAGAGAGAGAGAGAGAGAGAGAGAGAGAGAGAGAGAGAGAGAGAGAGAGAUACUCGUAAACAGAGAUAAAAGGACGAAAAAAAUAAAUAAGCAGAAAAAAACGAAUAUAAACAAGAAAAGAACGAAAAAAAGUGAAUAAAAAAACAGAAAUAAAGAGAAGGAAAGAAGGAAACUAAACUGAACUGAAAAAAAUAGACAAAACAGGAAAAAAGAGAGAGAAAACGCCAAACAGAGUGAACUUAAAGGAGAUACAUUAACCAGCAGGCAUGUUCAGAAAGGUGGAAACAGCGACAGUGGUGAUAACGGAGGUGGAGGACAGUGAUGAGAGAGAUGGCGCCCCUACUGGCACCACCAGGGGCACGCGCACUGAGGGGGAGCCAUCGCGGGGACAAGCCACUGAGGACAGGAAUGAAGACAAACAGAAAUUGAUUGGGCUUUCUGGAGGCAGGUCAUGGAAGCAGGUGAUGAUCUACAACAAGUGGGCCAUACUGGGUUACCUCAUGUUGUUCUGCAUAUUCCUGGGCCUCAUCCUUCCCUACAUCCUUGCCUCCUUCGCCUUCCCUACCCCUGUGUACAACGCCAGAGGUUCCUGCUUCCUCAACAUAUCCUACAGGUUUGAGUGCCUGCCCGGGGUGUCAAUGCCCACGAGGGAUGAGUGCCACGCCCUGGGAUGCUGCUACGGCAGUAACAACGGAGACCUGUACGCCCCUUCCUGCUUCCACUCCAUUCCCUCUGAGUACGGAUACCGCGUCACGAACGUCACCACGUCCCCGGGGGUGCUGGUGAGUGACUCCGCGUCCCCGGAUGGGCCUAAGGUAAAGGGCAGGAAGAUGUAUCGACUCGGCGAGGCGGGGGAAAUUACCCUCGAGCUGGGGCCCCUCAAGGAGAAGACGAAUUUCGACACAGAGGCGUGGUCACUGAGGGCCCGGGUGCAGCGAGGCGGCAAUGACGUGGUGAGGGUGUUGGUGUUCAGCCCAGAGCAUGACUUCCUCGACGACGACUUCGCCGCAGAGCCCGCCUCCUCCUACCAGCUGGACGUGACGGUUACGCAGGACCUGGACGGGGACUUCAACAUUACGGUGACGCGCCUGGCCACGGGGGAGGUCGUGCUAGAGACGAUCUUCGGGCCCAUGAUCUACGGCAGGGACUUCGCGGAGCUCACCACCCGCAUCCCGACCCAGCAGCUGUACGGCCUCGGCCUGAGGAGGAACUUUCACUUUGAGCCCAACUACAAGCACAGGGACCGCUGGCCGCUCUUCACGCAGGAGACAACCUACAUGGUGGACAACACGACAGUCGCCUCAGGGAACAGCGGCGCCCACCCAUUCUACAUGAACUUCGAGAAGACCCCCGGGUACAUGUAUGGCUUGUACCUCAGAACCUCAGCCCCCGUGGAGGUGGGCGUGGUACCUAUCCCUGCCGUGGUGUUCAGGGGCGUGGGUACCCUGUGGGACCUACGGAUCAUGGCAGGACCUACCCCAAGGGACGUGACGCGGCAGUACACUAGUAUGGUGGGGCGCCCCGCCAUGCCACCUUACUGGGCCCUGGGUUACCAUCUGUGUCGCUCCGGGCUGGCACCUUCUGACUUCUCCGUCUACGACGAGGUGGUACUGGGCAUGAAGGAGGCUCAGAUACCGUAUGAGAGUGACUGCAUUGACGCCAGCCUCUCGCAGUCCUUCGCUCCAAUCACGACGGAGGCACAGCAGAGAGUGGUGGCGCUGCAGGCGGAAGGGAGGAAGUUCAUGCUGGUGCAGUAUCCGUUCGUCAACUACAACAGCGCCGCCUACAUUGACAGCGCGCAGUUUCUCCUGAAGCACAAUGACUCAUCUGACUAUUACGGCGAGGUAGAAGGCCGGCCUGUUGGUUACCCUGACUACGGGAACGAGAAUGUGCUUCCGCUUUGGCUCAAUCAGUCUGCCCAGGUGAGGAAGCUUUACACCAACGCUGACGGGGUAAUGCUUCUCCACAACACGCCACUUAACCAGGCAGAGCUGAACUAUACGCUGUGGAAUGCCUCGGAAGUCCUGUGCACCCCGGAGACCCCUGGAGCCUGCUGCCCCGACCCCGCCCUGCCCUUCCUGCCCAGAGGCGUGGAGGACGUCAACAACCACUCCCUCUGCGUGUCCCUCAUCCACCCGUCCCUCGGCAGCACCCCGCACCUCCACCUCCACAACGCCUACGGGUUUUACCACCACCGCAGGAUUCGUGGACUGAUGAAGGAGAUCGCACCAAAGAAGCGCCCCUUUGUCACCAGCCAGUCAACGCACGCUGGCUCGGGGGCUGAGGGCGGGGCCUUUGGGGAAAGUUUCGGCGCCAACUUCAUGGAGCAGCAGGUGUCCCUAGUGCAGGUGCUGGAGCUGGGCCUGUACGGGGUGCCUCUCGCUGGGGGGCCCAUCUGUGGCAGCAGGAAUGACACGAAGGGUGAGCUGAAGAGUGAGUGGUGUCUCCGUGGUCACCAGAUGGCGGCGUUCUGGCCCCUCAUGGUGAGUCAUUACGAGGACGGUCACGAGGCGAGGAACCCUACUGACUUCGACAAGGCCUUCACUCACCAGCUCGCAGUGUUCAUCAGGCUGCGGUACGCCCUCCUACCCUACUUCUACACGCUCCUGUACGAGGCCAGCCAGGAAGGGACGCCCAUGGCACGCCCGCUCUUCUACGAGUUUCCUGAGGACGAGGCAUCCCGCGGGGUGUCGACGCAGUUCAUGGUGGGAAGCGGCCUGCUGGUGAGUCCCGUGCUGAAUUCUGUGGGCGACAAGGACAGCAUAGACGCCACGCUGCACUUCCCGCCUGGCCGCUGGUACAAUUUCUUCUCGGGAGCAACAGUGGCUGACGGCGUGAACGGAACUGACAUGGUGAUCCCCACUCUGCUCGCUGAUGUCAAUGUGCACGUGAAGGGAGGCGCCAUAAUGCCACUGCAGGGCAAUUUGCACGACUGGGUCAAGACCACGGAGGACUCGCGGCAGGUCAGCUUCACAUUCCUGGUCGCUCUUUGCUGCAACGACUCCUCCUCCUCGCCCUUUGACGACCCCGGAGUGAUGGCACAAGGGUCGGUGUACCUGGACGACGGCGAGACACCACACGAGGUCGGGGCUGAUGCUAAGGCCGAGCACCUGCAGAUGACAGCUACCCAAGACCAGGUGACGAUAACGCGCAGUCCUCCUUCUGGCGGGGGCUCCGGCCUGUGCUCCCCCGCGACCAAUUACUCCACGGUGAUCAACGGAAUAAGGGUGUUUGGCCUGUCUUACAAAGUGAACAAGGCCACAGCAAACGGAGUAGUGAUCCCUUCUGAGAAUAUUGACCAGAACGCGGACACGGGGACCCUCGAUAUCUCGCAGGUGGGCCACGACUGGUGUGAAACUGACUCCCUGGUGGUGACGUGGGCUGCGUGAAAUCUGUAGGAAGACGUCGAAGUGAGAUAGAUGAUAGAUAGAUAAAUUAUUCCUAAAUAGCUCCUAUAAAAAAACCUCGUGGGAGUGAGAGAUGAGAAAAAAACUCCCAUCUGAAAACACAUGAGAAAUAUUGUGAUCGAAGGGAGAUAGAUAGAUGGUAGAUAGUCAAGACUUAACACCUGUAGGAAGACUUCGUGAGGAGUGAGAGACUGAGAAAGGAAGCAAGUCCCAUCUGAAAUACACUCUCACUUCGGAAUAUUGCGAUUGAAAUGAGAUAGAUAAAAAUAAAUAAAUAAAUAAAUAAUUACCGAAGAACUGUAGAAACACUCUGAUGAGAGAGAGAGAGAGAGAGAGAGAGAGAGAGAGAGAGAGAGAGAGAGAGAGAGAGAGAGUCCCUUCUGAAGAAACAAAAUAGAAAACAUUUCGUAAAAAAAAAAAAAAUUGCGAUAGAAGUGAGAUAACCAGAUAAAAGAUGAAAUCACAUAUUACUAAAAUGUAGAGAGACUUCGAUGAGACAGAGACAGAGGAAGAGAUAAGGCCCACGUAAGCAGCCCAUUCCGUGAAGAAACUCGUAGUGAAACUUGUGGCGCUGCUUCAGAAACUCCUGCCACUAUUCCUUGCGCUCUGUGACUGGAAAGGGAAAGGUCAACUGGAUACUCUGACCUUUGGGGAUGGAAUGAAGAGAGCCACUGUUUGAUGAAAUUGACACAAAGAAUUAAAAGUAAAGAGAAAAUUUUCGAGACAAGGGAAAACGAAGGCAAGCCAACAACCUCUGAGAGAAGUAAGAGAAAAGAGUAAAUGUCUAAAUAAGAUGAUAAGUGAAAAUAAAAGCAAAACACGACAAGAGAAGAAAGAAAACAAGGAAGCAAGGAAAAAAAGCGUAAAAGACAAAAUAAUUAAAGAGAGCAAAAAAGAGAAUUGAGGAACGAAGACAUAAAGAAAGAGGGAGAAGGAAGAAAAACAAGAAGAAAAGGAAAAAGGAAGAAAGGCAAGGAAAUAAAGAAGACCACCAAUUAAAUAAGAAAACUCACCUUACACAAUCAUCCUCAUAUCAGGUGAAGAUUUAUUAACCUCUCACCUUACUUAGUAGCAAUUAUUAACCCAACAACACCUUCACUUUAGUUUCCUACUUACCUUCAUUAACUUCUUGUAUAUUUCCCGCCACCCACACUUACGUAAUCUCUACCUGUGUUAAUCAUUCUGGUGUAAAUGUUGUUAUGGCGCGGCGCAGGUGUGUUCAGGUGACCUCAUCUUACCUGGCUAAGAUCGUUGAUUGCAUGCACGGAUGAACCUGCCACCGUUGGAAGUCGUUCAAAGUCCGUUGCAUUUAAUAAGAGUUUUUUUUCUGUUUUUAUUUAUUUAUUUUUUUCGGUGUUUUAAUAGCACAAGGUUACGAGGUUAUGUGGUGAGGUAUAAUGAUCGAUGGAGGUAGAUUAGGUAAUAGAAAUUUUAAUCAAAACUGUAAUUUGCAUGUGAUUCCUAUUAAUACUGUUAUGCAACC